UUUGAAGGACUCUUGACUUGACAAUGCAGGAGUCAGGUGGAGAAUGGUUGACUAGGUCUGUCCAUAUUUUUUUCGCUUCUGAAGAAACUGCAAGGACAGGACGGCAAUUCCGAGGAAGGUUAUGCACUAGAUUACAGUUUACUGAUGUAAUUUAAUGGGUUUCAUAGCCGUCUGACAAUGACCUUGAGGGGAUCAUUUCAUUAUAUUCCAAAUAUCAAGCUUCAACCUCUUCCCUCACAUUGUUCAAAGUCGAAGAAGAAGAAGAAGACCAUAGUCGCUGCUCUCUGACUUCGUUUCUGUAAAUGUUUACUUCUCACCAUUGGUUUAAUUUCUGAUUACCCUUCUCGUAUUAUCUAUUGGAGUUUAUCUUCUUCCAUAGCUGAUAGGGAGUUUGCUUUUACCCCCACAGAUCAGUUUCACGCACAGAUGGAUAACACAGAAAAAGUAAACUUUUCUGAAUUCUUGUCUGAGCUAAUAGGUUUGGCUGAUGAGGUUGCUUCCUCUGCUCAGAACUGCGAAAUUGAGACGAAUGCUUUUCCUGAGUUCGCCAUCUUAGUAGAGGAAUUGGCACCAAUUUUCAGUGAUUUGAGAGACAAAAGCACGAUCAUGGACAAGCCACCUAUUAGAAAAUCGUUGGAAUCUCUUAAGAAUGAGCUUAGGCGUGCUAAGGCUUUGACAAUAAGCCUUAAUCAGAAACAUCUUAUUAAACAGAUUGAGGGCAUAACUCAUGAUCUUGGUCGAUCAUUGGGGCUGCUACUUGUGUCCAGCCUUGAGGUGUCCGCUGAUUCUAGAGAAAAGAUCAGUGCCUUGCAGAGAAAGUUGAUGAGUGCAAGAUUUGGUGGAAAUACAAGUUCAACUUCGAGUUCAAGAUCAGAAUUUGUCAGUGAUGUGAAGCUUGAAGGGGAAAUAGAAGAAGAAAUAGUCAACUUCACUAUUGACGAUAUUAUAUUGCAACUUAAACAUGGUAAUGAUCGAGAAUUCACAGUUGCACUUUUGAGACUAAAGGAAUUCAUCAGAGAUGGAAAAGCAGAUUAUGAUUUAAUUGAUGAGGAGGUGCUUGUUGCCAUUCUAAUGAAUCGACUAGGUUCAAGUAAGGCUGACAAUAGGCUGAACAUCCUUCAACUACUAAGAAGCAUAGCUUUUGGCAAUGAUGAAAAGAAGGAGACGAUGGCAGAUAUUGAGUUUUUAUCAACUGUGGUGAAGUCUCUGUCAAGGGAAGCAGAAGAAAGGAGAGAAGCAGUGGGGCUUUUACUAGACCUCUCUAAGCUUCCUUCAGUUAAGCGACAAAUAGGAAGAAUUCAAGGUUGUAUUGUUAUGCUAGUCUCUAUUCUUAAUGGAGAUGAUCCUGUUGCUUCACAUGAUUCAUCAAAAUUGUUGGAUAUAUUGUCUAGUAAUUCUCAAAAUGCCCUUCAUAUGGCAGAGGCCGGUUACUUCAAGCCACUAGUGCAGUGUUUGAAGGAAGGGUCUGACAUGACUAAGAUCCUCAUGGCAACAGCACUGUCUAGAUUAGAGCUCACCGAUCACAGCAGAUUCACACUUGGAGAAGAUGGGGUGAUUGAACCUUUAGUCAACAUGUUUACUUCUGGGAAGCUUGAGUCCAAGUUGUCUGCCCUAAAUGCACUGCAAAAUUUGUCAAGCUUGACAGAAAAUGCACAGCGUUUAACCAGAUCUGGAAUUGUGGUAUCUCUGCUUCAACUUCUUUUCUCUGUAACAUCUGUGCUCAUGACUCUUCGGGAGCCUGUAUCAGCUAUUCUUGCAAGAAUUGCUCAGUCAGAGCCCUUACUUAUUAAUCCAGAAGCAGCUCAGCAGAUCCUCUCACUUUUGAAUCUUUCCAGUCCAGUAAUUCAGAGUCAUUUAUUAGAAGCACUAGAUAGCAUUGCUGCUCAUCCAGGUGCAUCGAAAGUGAGAAAAAAAAUGAAGGAAAAAGGUGCACUUCAGCUUCUUUUACCUUUUCUGAUGGAAACAAACCCUAAAAUACGGAGCAGGGCCUUGCAAUUGCUGUACACUCUUUCCAAAGAUCUAACAGAAGAGUUGACAGAACAUCUUGAUGACACCCAUCUUUUUAAUAUUGUCAAUGUUAUCUCAUCAUCAACAUCUGAGAGUGAAAAGACUGUUGCUGUUGGUUUACUGAGUAAUCUUCCCGUUAGUGAUAAGAAAGUGACAGAUGUAUUGAAGAGGGCGAAUUUGCUCCCUAUUUUAAUAUCCAUUAUGUCUUCAAGCACGGGAAGUAAUUCACCCGCAACUAGUGGCUUAGUGCAGAGUGUUGUGGGUGUUAUAAUCCGGUUUACAAAUCCUUCUGACAAGAAACUACAACUUCUCUCAGCAGAGCAAGGGGUAAUCCCUUUGCUCAUAAAACUGCUCUCAACUGGCUCACCAAUCACGAAAUCCAAGGCUGCAAUCUCACUUGCUCAAUUAUCCCAGAAUUCUGUGUCUCUUGGGAGGUCUAGAAAAUCAAGAUGGUUUUGUGUUCCUCCCUCAGCCGAUGCCCAUUGUGAAGUUCAUGACAGUAAUUGCUUUGUGAAAAGCACAUUUUGUUUAGUCAAAGCCGGUGCUGUUCCUCCACUUAUCCAAAUAUUAGAAGAUAAAGAGGAGGAAGCUGUUGAAGCUGCUUUGAUUGCCCUUUCAACUCUCUUGCAAGAUGAAAUAUGGGAAGGUGGUGUCAACUUCAUAGUUAAAUCCUCAGGUGUUCAGGCUAUUAUAAAGAUUUUAGAAGUGGGGGACGUAAAGAUUCAAGAGAAAGCACUCUGGAUGUUGGAGAGGAUAUUCAGGGUUGAAGAACAUAGAGUUAAAUUUGGAGAAUCUGCUCAGGUUGUCCUUGUUGAUCUUGCUCAGAAGAGUGAUUUUAGAUUGAAGUCAGCAGUUGCAAAAGUAUUGGCAGAGCUAGAGCUCUUACAAGUUCAAUCAAGUUACUUCUAGAACGGUUCAUUCUCUUUCAGCAAACAUUAUUCCCAUGAUUUUUUUUCAGUGAUGCUUCUUACACUUCUAUUUUAGCAAAAACAGUGUACAACUUCUGAUGUGGUUGCAUCUGUGUAUUGCUGCUUACCCAAGAGUUAAAUUUGGGAAACAUGUUCAACAAACAAGUGUGAUGGGCCGAACACCGUGUCUAUCUGUUCGACAUUAGAAGGCCCAGAUCUCCAAGAUACUCUAAUUUUGAUGUUUGGUGGAACUCAAAUGCAGCCACAUCAGUAGCUAUGAAGGGUUAUUGCUGGGCCAGAUCGUGUAUUUGUCUUCUCUCGUUUUGUUUUUUGCCCCAUUCAUUUAAAUUCUUUAUUGUACAUGCGUGCACUUUUACCACUGUGGAUAAUCCAAUGAGUGGAACAAUGUUGAUAUUAAUUUAGAAGGCAAGAUUGGCGAAAAAUAUUCGAUUAUGGCUGAUUCAUCAUCUUAUGGAAUCGAUUAUUAUUUUUUAUCUAA